UUAGUUCACUUUGGUAGGUUGUUCGAUCAAACACAUUCUGGACGAAUUGAUACAAGUAGCACAAUUUUGUAUUUAUAUUAAUUUAAUUUUCAAUUCGGAUAUCAAAACCAUGUGGUCAUCAGACGAGCUCUUUUUCCGCAACUUUGCAGAGCUUAAAAACUAUCAAUACGACGACGAGAAAAUAUCCACAAUAACUUCCAGGGAGCAGAUUAAAACAGAGAGUUCGGUUGAAAAAUGUUACGAUCGAUUCGUACAGACACAGUUCGUAAAUCCACGCGCAACACAGCUAAAUCGCGUGCAGCACCAACAAUAUUUGGAUUUGAUGCUUAGAAAACUGCCAUCCAAUUAUGAAUGCUUGGACAGCAGUCGGCCCUGGUGCAUCUACUGGAUACUGCAGUCGGCUCAACUGCUGAAUUUCGACUUCGACGAACAGACACUAGACAACGUCGUGCAAUUUCUCAUAAAAUGUCGUGCUCCUACGGGCGGCUUUGGCGGCGGACCAGGGCAAUAUGCACACCUGGCUCCGACCUAUGCUGCAGUCAAUAGUUUAUGCAUCAUUGGCACACAGAGCGCAUAUCAAGCCAUCGAUCGAGAAUCACUUAUUAAGUUUCUAUUCAGCGUGCGUGAUGACGAUGGUUCCUUCCGCCUCCACGUAGAUGGUGAGACAGACGUGCGUGGUGCCUACUGUGCCAUCUCCUGUGCCAAGCUAACCAAUGUGCCUGAGUCAGUGCUGAGUGAACUGUUCACGGGGACCGCCGAAUGGAUUGCUAGCUGUCAGACCUACGAAGGUGGCUUUGGGGGAGCGCCCGACCUGGAGGCACAUGGCGGCUACACUUUUUGUGGCAUCGCCAGUCUCGCAUUGCUCAAUCAGGCAGAUAAGUGCAAUAAGAAAGCACUAUUGCAGUGGACAUUGCGUCGUCAAAUGAUCUAUGAGGGUGGCUUCCAGGGACGCACCAAUAAGCUAGUAGAUGGUUGCUACUCGUUUUGGGUAGGCGCUACCAUUCCAAUAACGCAGGCCACAUUAAUUGGUGCUGAAAAAUCCAUGGAGAAGACGCUUUUCGAUGUCGAGGCACUGCAAGAAUACAUAUUGCUGUGUUGCCAGAAAGCAAAUGGUGGUCUAAUCGAUAAGCCCGGCAAACCGCAAGAUUUAUAUCAUACCUGUUAUACGCUGAGCGGAGUCUCGAUUGCCCAGCAUUCGGAGUCCGCGAUGCAACCUCAAGUGCUUGGUGACCUUCGGAACGAACUUUUACCCACCCAUCCACUGUUUAAUAUACCACCGAAAUCAGUAGCAGCAGCUCUACACUAUUUUUCAAACACUUCCAGUCAAGAUGCUGGCUGCAGCAAUAGCACCUAGCGAAUCGAAGAUUAACACAUUUGGAGUGGUGAAUGAUGUACAUACACACUGAUGCUUAGCUAAC